GUGUUUCCGGUACAAAAUGUAAUUUGGAUCCAAGCAAAGGUGAAAUAAAUGAUCCCUGUGGCAGACUGUAUGAUGGUGUGUGCAAAGGGAGGUACUGUGGCUGUCCCACUGGCACCCAUGAAGACAAGAAUCUUGGGGUAUGUGUUCCCGGUGAGGCAUCAAAAACAGCUGGUGGAACGCAGGCAGGGAGGCCAGGCAGUGCAUUUGACGAUCUUCCGUUUGACUUCCCUGGUGGUGGUGGUAGCACAGGGGGUACAGCACCCAAAGCACCUCCUGCUCCAGCUCCAGCACCGCAGCCUCGUCCUCCACCACUUCCACAACCUGGCUAUCCUGGUUCCAAUCAGCCUGGCUACAACCCCAAUCAGCCUGGCUACAACCCCAAUCAACCUGGCUACAACCCCAAUCAACCUGGCUACAACCCCAAUCAACCUGGUUACAACCCCAAUCAACCUGGUUACAACCCCAAUCAACCUGGCUACAAACCCAAUCAACCUGGCUACAACCCCAAUCAGCCUGGUUACAACCCCAAUCAACGAGGUGGCCAUGGAACUACUAGAGGAGGUAGUGACGUGGGUGAAAAGGCAGGAGGAGGAGUGGGUGGAGUGAUCGGCCUCCUCUUGAUUGGUGGUCUCAUCUACUUCUGCUGUUGCCGUGGAGGAAAGCAUAAGCAAGUUAUGAACAGGUUCCAAGGGCUGCCAUUCAUGCGUGGUGGCCAGGCAGGUGGUCAAGGACCAGUUGCUUUGCAGAGCCAGCCAGUGCAACAAGACCCAAACUUUGGCUCUCAGCACACAUAUGUUCCACCUGGUCAGCCAGUUCCUCAGGCACAGUAUCCUCCACAACAGCCAUACCCAACAGGUGGUGUAUAUCCUGCAGCUCCAUAUGCACAACAGCCUGGUUUUGCCCCUUACCCAGCACAAGGUGACGGGCAGCCUCCUAUGCAGCCUUACCCACCACAACCUAUUCCACCAUAUCCUGCACAGGGAGCACCAUAUGUGGCUUCUGCUCCCCCUGAAGGUUACCCAGUUGAUGGCCAGAAGCCUCCACCCUACACACAGGAAUACCAGCCUAAUGCUCCGCCGUCCUAGUUGCAGUGUACAGCUUCUUCCUAACUCUUUUGUAGUUUGAGGAAUGGUAUAUUGGUAUACUCUAUGAGAAAAAUUACUGUAAUUGCUAGACCUUAAUAAAUUGGUUUCACAGUUUUGUUUGCUUUAGGAGGAAUAGCAUUUGAUAUGUGAUAUUCAUUGGAUAUCAUGUGGUUGCAUAAUCUGGAUUUAUUGUUUUACUGUUUACAGACUACAUUAGCAGAUAUUAUGCUGAUGAAUUAUCAGUAACCAUUUUCCUGUUGCAAAAUCAUGUUUUUAUUGUAAAGGUAUUUAUCUACCUCUUGAAACUGUUCCAAGCUCUCUAAGCUUCCACAUAAAAGCUAAAUUAUCUCAGCAGUAGAUAAUCAAUGUAUACAAAGAAUCACAGUCUAAUAAAAAAAUAAGCUACUGUAUUGUAAAAAGGUUAAAAAA